GUGGCACGGUUGAUGCACGAGCUGAGCUGUACGUCGUACACGUGGCAAAAGCGCUUUGCCGCCUGUAGUAUGCGCAGUAACAUCGCCGGUUGCCUGUGUGGCCAGAGCUCCGCAUCGCAAUCAGUGCAGCGUUUGGCGGAUUUGGUGCUUUUGCCUAGCAGACAGAUUUGGAAGAAAUCUGAUCCUUGAGAUGGGUGGAAAAUAAUUUGAAGAGAAAAUGAUGGGGGUGGGAAAUGAGACAGUAUCGAUGCGUGUUGAUUGCGUGCAGCAGGCGACUGAGGGUGCAUACUCCCACUAGGACCUUUUCGACUCCACUCUGGACUUGAUUGGAGUCAGAUGCAUCGAGGUGUGGCCGUGCUUGCAGUCAGAUACGUUUAGGAAAGUGCUAGUGUGUUAUGGCCGGAGAGUGCAUGGGGGCCUUCGCUGAUGUCAGUAUAGUCGUCACGUAGGAGUGAUUUCGCACCGAUUAGGGGAAGAUGGAGAGCCCACCCUGCCACCGGCAUGAUGGGACAUCCCCUCUUCCCCUGGGGAUGGAUGCCUGCCCACCUCCUGCUCGCUGGACCGGCAAGGACACCGUUUGGCCCCACGAUCCACGGAGCGGCUGGAGCUACUGUGCAGUGGUGGCGACAUGGACCAUCCUGUCGGCGACGCGCACCCUGACCCCGGCGGAUGUAAAUGGGACUGUCUUUUAUCGCGUGCAAGUGGCGAUACAGAGUCCUACGGCUGUCAGUUACAUGAGAGGGCUGCUACGCCGCUUUAGCGACUUCCUAAAGCUGCACGCCGCCCUGAGGAAGGCAUUCCCUAAGAAGCGCAUCCCCCCUCCACCUCCCAAGAAUCCUCUUCAGAGGAUGAACUCCAAUCCAGCACUGCUAGAGGAGCGGCGCAGAGCAUUGGAUGACUGGAUGCAGCAGGUCCUAAUGGAUAUUGAUUACUCAAGGAGUGUGCCGAUGGCAGGGUUUCUAGAGCUCGAGGCAGCAGCACGGGGCGCAGCAUCCGCCUUGUCGCAGGAUGAUUCGCCAUCCUCUUCCCUCCCCUCAAAUCUGCCAACAGCUCAUGAUACUGCUACCGUGUCAACUGCUCCUCACCGCUCUCCGUCUUCCACUCCUCGAACCGUCUCGUCAGACGGUCAAAGUCCUGCUUCGAACAUGACAAGCGUGCAUCAAAGGUCCCAUGCUGACUUGUCCUCUCAUCUGGCGGACAGUGGCGUGCCAUCCAGACCGCCUUCCAGGUCGGCGUCAGCAUCGGAGGCUGCACCAGUGGUAGGUCCUGCUGCACGAGCAGUCUGGACAGCCGCUAACGAGCAGAUAGGAACUGCGGCAGAUGCUACCCGUGCGAUCUCGCAGUUGGAGGAGGCUAACUUGGGGUCGGGAGGUAGGGGAGGGAUCGCCAGCGUGUCUAGUGAACGUGAAGUUACGGACGGGGAGGUUGCCGCGUUGUUGGAAGCGGAGUUUGGGAUCCAGAAGGGUGUUGCAGAAGGGGGGGGAAAUCUCAGAAUUGGCGGCAGAGAUGCUGAAGGGGUCGCGAAGGAGUCGGCCCCUGAGGGGGAGCUUGUGGGGAUUUUAAAGAAUGGAUGGCAUAGAAGGACUGGAUCGGGGGGAAGCGAGAACAGCGACGCUUCGUCUUUUUCGGGAAUUGGCAGCGAGCCAUCAGAAAUCUCGACGUCGGCAUCGCUGUUUGGUGGCGAUAUGAGCACACUGUUAGCUGAGCGGGAGCGACAACAGGAGGCAGAGGCAGCAGGUGCUAUCGACGGUGCAGGGUCCCAGUUUGCCGACAACAAGGCAAUGGGAGGAAUGGGAGGAGGGAAGGCUGGCGCAUCGUCAGGGGACGUUUUGAGAAACGUCGGCAUGAUUUUACCGUCGGAUCACCGGAUGAUCGUCCAACGAAUGCUCACAGUCAUGCAGAGGAGAUUGACCACAGCGAAGGCCGAUGUAGACGAACUGCUGGCCAGGCUGAAGCAGGAGACGGCAAUCAAGGAGUUCCUGACGAGCAAGGUCCGCGAUUUGGAAGGGGAGCUCGACGAGACGCGUUCUAAGAGCCGGGAGGCGCUUCUCCAAGUGCACAUGGCUGAGAGGGAGAAGCUGACAGAGCUGCAGUGGACUCUCGAAGAGGCGCGGUUCGAAUUACAUAAGGAGAAGGAAGAGAGGAGGAGGGACAAGGAGCAGAUAGAGGCGUCAGAGAAGAGGGCGCAGGACGCGGAGAGCGCACAGGAAGAGGUAAUGCAGGAGCUGGAGGUUCUUGGAGCACAGCUCGAGGCAGCGAAGCACGAGCGCGAGGAAAUCGAUGCCAAAGCCAAGAUGGAGAAGAGAGUUCUGAUCAAGGAAGUGAAGUCGUUGAGGCAUGCGCAGGUGGUCCUGAAAGAUGAGGCGGAGGCAGCUAUGUUCGCACGGGAGGAAGCAGAGAAGAAGCUGAGAGACCUGGAGGAGCAAAUGGCAGAAGAUGCCUUGCAGAGAGCAAAACUUGUACAUGAAGUUGGAGUACUGAGAGAGAGGUUGAAGGACUGUGGGGAACUCGUGAAACUGGAUGGUGAGGGUGCAGUUUUGGACCCAUCGUCAGAUUUAGUUGAUGUCUUGUCUGUUUCCAAUCAGCGGAUUGAAUGCAUUUUGGCAGAGACACAGCUUCUUCGAGAACAUCAGAUGAAUGGUACCACCUCACAAGCAGAUGCGUGUGCCGAGAGCUCAGGCCGUCCUGCAGGGGACAACGAUGAGCAUGCGGAUAUCGCAGGCCAGGGGAUGGAUAAUGGGCAGCCAGGUAAGACGACUGCUCGUACCAGAAGAGAGCGGGUGGGAAGUAAGGCAGGGUUGCCUGAGGCGUCUCUCAGAGCCGUGUUUGCGGAUAUUUUAUCAGACAAUGCACAUUUGAGGAAAGUCGUUAAUUCGCUCAUGCGAGGUGCUGCUCUAUCAGCGCAGAAAACGUAGAAUCUUGCACGCUCCAUCCUCAGGCUCCUCUGAUGGUUUCCGCACCGUUCUUUAAGGUACAAACAGCGUAGCAAAUCCGUGUAAGUGCAUACUGUUUGUUGAAAAUGCUGAUUAUGCAUGGGGUUGUCGACUUGUUUAUUCAUUCUUUGUUAAUCCAUUUUUUUUUCUUAACUUUUUUUGUCAGUUUGGUUCCAUGGGAGCGUCCUAUUCUAAUAAAUCUGUGAGCUUUCAGAGCUCCAUUGACCCCCUCGCUGAACCCUAUGCUCGACGGUUCUUCUCCAGCGGGGGUUUUCCGCAAGAUAAGUCUGUCCGGGGCCCUCUUCGGGUCUGGUGCAUAUCGUAUUUCGGCAGUCGGGGUACCAUUCCUUGAGUAGAUAAGCCUCCUGCAUCUGGCUGACAUGUGUGUCUAGGUGUAGUCAGUACUGUUUAGGCCAUCCCGUCUUAGAUCUGGGGUCUUCCUCUAUAUGCUUGGCACAUUUCCGUGAAUCGGAGAACUCUUUGCUAAACUAGGUCUGCCUUCUGUAGAUGAACAGGAUGUUUCUUGCUGACAUGUGUCCAGGUGUCGUCAGGGCCCUUUAGACAGGACCCUAUAUGUGAAGGCAUGGAAUCUUUGUCUAUAGGCAUAGGCUUGGCACGUUUCAGUGAAGUCAGGCACGGAGUCUUUGUCUAUAGGCCUGGUACGUGUCAGUGAAGUCUGUGACCUGAUUUGCGGCCAUCUCGGCUGGACCCUGUUGGUUCAGCUAUCUAUAGUGAUGCCUUUCUCACACUAGGAGUUUUCCUGGAUGUAUAUGACCACUUUUCCAACCCGGCUUGGAUGCACCUGACUGCAAUUACGUGCACAGAGAACUGGAAUGAGUGACACUUGGUACCUUCUCAGAUGUCUUUCCAGCCCUCCAUGCCUUCAUCUAGAGACUUGGUUGGUCUCUGUGAAAUCUCGCAGAAUACGACAGCGUAAUCUCUUUAAACGA